GAAUGAUCGAUCUCCUCCGCACCCCCGCAAUGCCGAGCCGUCUCUACCAUCGCAACUCCCGUCGCCGCCACGCUCGAGAGGAGAGAGAGGAGGCUGGGAGCACGAGAUUCAACGAAGAGGGCACCGCGGGUGAUGGCGGCGGUGGGCGGGGGCGACGUGUCUAAAGCGCCGCUUCGCGUGUCCCGUGGCCUCCCUCCGCGGCGUGCCCACCACCUGCUCGACGCUCGUCCGCCUCCGCCGCGCGCCCACGCCCCGCUCGCGCCCGCUCAGGAACCCACGGAGCGCGGCCGUCGCGACUGUGGCGGCGCAUUGCAUGUGCACAGUGCACUGCUCGGUGGUCGGGGAUCCUGCAGAGUGCGCGGCGGAUGGUUUCGCUCCCCGCGACGCGGCGCUACCGUCGGGAUGUCAGACUGCUCGACGGAGAGCUGCGCCGUCUUCAAUCUUCACAUCGCGUCAGGAAAAAAUGGCAGAGAAUUUUACCAAGAGUAGACUUGACAAGAAAAUUUGGCAUCAUGAAUUUCGAGGCAUACAAGAGUGGCACUUGUUAAGGGUAUUAAUACUGACCUUGUGAUGACUGCUUAAGUC